AGGAGUCAAAACUAUUGGCAGAAGGUGGAUCAGCUGGGGAAAGGGGCGGGGCCAAAGGCGAAAUCUAGGAAGCGGUGUCUUGGGGUUAGUGCCUCUCUUGCCUCUGCAGUGACCGGUGCCGGUGUACAGACGUCAACCGUCAGCAUGUCCAAGAAAAUCUCAGGUGGCUCUGUGGUGGAGAUGCAAGGAGAUGAGAUGACCCGUGUUAUUUGGGAUCUGAUUAAGGAUAAGCUCAUUCUUCCUUAUGUGGAGCUGGAUUUACACAGCUAUGAUCUUGGCAUGGAGAAUCGUGACUUAACUGAUGAUAAGGUCACCAUUGAAGCUGCUGAAGCUAUCCAAAAAUAUAAUGUUGGAAUCAAGUGUGCCACCAUUACACCCGAUGAGAAAAGGGUUGAAGAGUUUAAGUUGAAGCAAAUGUGGAAGUCCCCAAAUGGAACCAUCAGAAAUAUUCUAGGAGGAACUGUUUUUAGAGAGGCUAUCAUCUGCAAGAACAUCCCGAGGCUUGUCUCUGGAUGGGUCAAGCCCAUCAUCAUUGGCCGUCAUGCUUAUGGAGAUCAGUACAGAGCCACAGACUUUGUUGUUCCCGGGCCAGGCACGGUGGAAAUAUCCUUCACCCCUAAAGAUGGCGGACAACCUAUUAAAUAUGUUGUACAUAAUUUUGAAGAUUGUGGUGGUGUGGCUCUUGGGAUGUAUAACACUGAUCAAUCCAUUAGAGAUUUUGCUCACAGUUCCUUCCAGAUGGCACUGGUUAAAAGUUGGCCUUUGUAUAUGAGCACCAAAAACACAAUUCUCAAGCGAUAUGAUGGUCGUUUCAAGGAUAUUUUCCAGGAGAUCUAUGAGAAAGAAUACAAAUCACAGUUUGAAGAAAAAAAGAUCUGGUAUGAGCAUAGGCUUAUAGAUGAUAUGGUGGCUCAAGCCAUGAAAUCUGAGGGCGGCUUCAUCUGGGCCUGCAAGAACUAUGACGGAGAUGUGCAGUCAGAUUCAGUGGCUCAAGGCUAUGGGUCUUUGGGGAUGAUGACCAGUGUACUGAUAUGUCCGGAUGGCAAGACCGUAGAAGCAGAAGCGGCACAUGGCACGGUGACCCGUCACUACAGGAUGCAUCAGAAAGGCCAGGAGACCUCUACUAAUCCUAUAGCUUCCAUCUUUGCCUGGACCCGGGGUCUGGAACAUAGGGCUAAGCUGGAUCACAACAAUGAACUGAAAAACUUUGCCACAGCAUUAGAGGAAGUGUGCAUUGAGACAAUAGAAGCUGGCUUCAUGACUAAAGAUCUUGCUGCUUGUAUUAAAGGUCUACCUAAUGUACAGCGAAGUGACUACUUGAAUACUUUUGAAUUCCUGGACAAACUAGCUGAGAACCUUCAGCUGAAACUUGCCGCUCAAGCCAAGUUGUAAUUACCAAAAGCUCAGAAGGCAAAUCUCAGGUUUAUUCUUCCCCGCUAGUCGACAGCAUUCUACAGGACCGUUUUACUUCCAUCCAGUGCAAACCAUGGCCCUCCUGGUUGGGCUACUCCAUUUAAAUGUUUUUAUUUCAAUCUGAUUGUAGUUUCUGUUGUCAUUUCUUUGACAUAUUAUUGUACACAGGUAAAUCCCACUCAUUAUACAGCUAUUAUUGCAAAAAAAGACUAUAGGCCAUAGCCUACAACAUCUUCCCACAAGCCUGCCUUUUUCAUGCAUAAUGGUUAUUUCUCCUUCGUGGUCAUGCUGUAUGUAAGCUCUUCAAUCAUGCUGAGAAUGUGCACCCGACACAAGUUAAAAGAUGCAAUUCUGUUCUUUGAAUAUGGUUUCCAGUACAUAAUGCUAGAGAAGUGUUUUACAAUUGGCAUUUUAACAACGUAUGGAUGAGUGUGGCUAUUACAGAAGCACUCCGGGAUUUUUUUUCUCUUUGCCUAUAUAGUGCGGGAUCGGCCAUUUUUAAAGAAUAAGAUAGAGGUUUUUGUGUAUUCCUGUACAAACCUGCUUUAAUUUGAUGUGUAAAUUGUGGGUUGGCAGCAAUCUUGAAUCCUUCUCCCCUCAUAUAUGGUUUUCCUAAUCCAUGACGCAUUUCCCAUCAUACCUGGCUUUGCAGACAGGGGGCGUAGUCUCACCACACUGCGCCUUCUCAGGGCAGCCAUGACAGAUUAGUGACACAACUGCUAUUACCUUUCUGCCCUGACAGAUCUUACAUGCAGGAGGCCAGUUUAAAGCUACAUUUCACUGGAGAGUCAGCACACACAGAUAGUACAGAGCCAGUGUGAGUCAAGAGGAUUAUGUAACUGCAGCUAAUCACUGUAUUCUUUUAUCUAAUAUAUAUUUAGAUGCCGGUAUUAAUAACCCCUAUAUCUGGUGGUGGAUCCGCCGAAGUGAUGAAGAGGCGCAGAACUCUACAUAAUUUUGGCACAUCCAGCACCAGUCUAAAUGUAAGCCAGCUUCCUAGCUGGCCUGCAUUUCGACCAUUUUAUUUACACCUAACACAGAUGUAGUAAAUAAUGACAGAAUACAGAGGAAAGGAGGGGCCUGAGAGCUACCAGAAGGGAUUUGAUUGGUGAUGUCAUCCUGUAGUUUACAGGAAGUCAGCAACAGUGAGACACUGAAUUCCCAUAAUGAAAAGGUUCAAAAUGUAACUUGGUUAGGAUGUAGCAAAUGUCGCUGCUAGAAUACCAGAGUGCUUCUUAAAUGUAAUUUGCACAAUCAUUCCAAUAAAGUAUCAUGUCCAAUCUAGCAGAAUCAAUGAAUGCAUACUGUGAUAUCCUGCAUAUAGCAGAGGCUGCUAAAGGAAUUAUGAAAGUUAGAGGCAAUAGAUGGAAAUGACGCAUGAUAUCAUGGAGUAAACUACACCUGCUGUGUCUAGCAUAAAUAGAAUGCUAGAACCUAGGAAUCUCAUGGCUGCUGGUAAAUGGCAGAAUUAUGGGACUUGUUUCAUGUAACAGUGUUUUAGAUCCAUGAAGAUGCCAAGUGCUGUGAACAGGCUGCACAUGUAGCGGUAAUUUCAAGUAUGACACUGUACACCUUAAACGUGUAGUCUUCACAAUAUCCAUGUGUACUUUAUCAGUUAAACUUAUCACGUUUCCUUGUCAUAACGCAAACAGUUUAUAAACCUUCACCAAAUGUCUGUCAUUACCAAACAUCAUCUGGAAUAUUUUUAAUAAAGCAGAUUCAUAGUAAAA